AUGGAACCGGGGAGAGUCAUUGUCUGCGGACUCCCAGCAAAUGGAAUCAUACCACAGCUCCACCAACAACCAGAUGACAAUCAAGCCACGAGACACAUCAACAGACACAUCGUUUGCGGACUGCCGGCAAAAGGAAUCGUACCACAGCUCCAUCCACAGCCACAACAAGAAGCAGAUGAUGAUCCACCAGUCAAUGAAGAACCAACUGCUGAUCAAGAUGACGAUGUGGUGGAGCUCACAGAGGUACAGUACCGGAAAGCUAGGAAACUCUUAAUCCGCAUUGAGGAAGACGAAGCAGACAUCGAGCCAAUGUUCAGAAUAGCCCUCGAGAAAAUGCUAACCUAUGCACGGGAAUCCGCACAACUGAGACCCCCCAAACAAGAACAAGGAGAGUCCUCCCGAGGCAAGACUCAUCGUCGACAGUAG